GCGAAACGCCUGUCCAUGGAGCUGGCGUGCGCGCUCGAGAUACCGCCGAACGCGUCGCUCGUCUCGACCCAAGCGGUGGCGCCCGGUGCGUACACGUUCGAGUGCAUCGUGCGGCCGCCGCUCGCCCCGUUGAGCCUCGUCUGGCUCUUCCACCACGCUACCAGCGGUCUUGGCGUCCUUCCGACGGGCCAUGCCGUGCUCCUCUGCAGCGAGCGCACGUGGGCGACAAUAGCGCCGUGCGCAACCGAGAACGUUGUGCAGCAUUGGGUCUCGACCUUUGAUGCGGCGGCGUCUGGACCUGCCUUGUUCUGCAAUGGCGUCGUCCAGCCGCUCACGCCCACGACGCUCCGAGAGGGCAUAAGUGACGCUGUUCUGCGGGAUGGCCGCAUUCGUCUCGCGUGGUCUCUGCCGCGAGCGCGAUCGCCGAUGGUGCUUGGUGAAGUGCGGCUCUGGUCAACCACGACGCUCGCCCUCGACGUCCUGCAGCAAUGGCGCCACCGCGAAGUGUCGCCCGACCACCCGAACUUGGCCCAGCUCGGCGCCUACUGGCGUCUCAACGACGGCAGCAUGCGCAAUGUGCAGCUGGACUUGAGCGGGCACGGACGCGACUUGGUGCUACUCGGGUUUGACCCGAUACUGCGCUACGUGUCGCUGCACCCACUGCAGCUCUACGACCACCCGCAUCUCGAGCUUACGCUGCAGAAUGCGCCCGUCGACGACACUUCGGACGUUGACACAUUCGUGGUGCAGGUAUCACCGCACCGCGAUAGCAGUAGCCGCCGCCUCGUGGCGCACGUAGCUGUGGUCCUCGAUGCGACAGCCACGUGCGCGCACGAUGCAACACGUUAUAUAACGGCGCUGACGACGUUUAUCGGAGCGCUGCCCGCGCACACUGACUUGUGUCUUCUCACAACACGCCGCCCGACACCAACGCUGCUUGCGUGGCGGCGCAUGGACCCGCUUGGCCAACGAGAAGCCAUCAAGCACGUGAUCGAUGUGCUCCAAAAGCCUGCGGCCAGUGCGCCACUGCCUUUGGCGCCGGUCGUCGAUGCGGCGCUGCAUUUGCUCGUGGACACAUACGAAGACCACCCGAGUGCACUGAGCUUUGGUGCGCUUCUCGUCUUUUCCCAGCGCCCGGUCGAAGCCGCGGACGAGCUCUACGACGUCUACCGUCCGCUGCAGAGCUGGUGCAUGCUGCACUUUUUGAGCCUUGCACCACCAGCUACGAUGACACCUCUGCCUCGCCAGCACGCGCUGCAGUUUGUUGUGUACGCGGCCGCCAGCACCGACUUGGAGUUCAUCUUGGCCGACGUGGUCCACCGCGUGACGCAUGUGCUUGCCAAGAACGUCACACUGACCGUCGCAACGACCGGCGCUGUCCAGGUGGCACUCGAUCCCAAGCACGACACGACGGUUGCCAGACAUACGGUCGCCGUCGACGGACACGUUAUGCAGUGGGAUAUCGGGCUCUUCUGUGCAUCGGACGUGCUGCUACUCGGUGGCCAAUGGCAGUGGAGCGGCCGCCACGCCGACGAGUCAUUCCACGUGCGCAUCGUGAGCGUGCAAGCCGGCGCGCUGCUCCUCUCUCGGUCGUCGCUCGCAUUACCACCGUACCAUGCGCUGCAGCGAUGUCUCCGCGACGAGCCGUCCAGCAAGCUCGUUGGCCGCGUGCGUGCCGAAGCCGCGCAGGCCGCGCGCCUCUACGAGCAACGACGCACGUACUUGGCCCAUCGAAACAUCACGGACGUGGUCGAGAUGCAGAAGAGCUUUGAGAAACUGCGGGCGCUAAAGGAGACCGAGCAGGCGACCUUGCAUGCAAUGAGUGACGACGUUGCUACCGUCGAGCAGCGAAAGGACGUGAUGCUCGUGGUUCACGAGACAUUGUCACUGCUGGCCGCCGCCGUCGCGCCAAAGGCGUCGCCCAAGCGUGCGACUAGCCACCGCCUCGACCUGGAGGCGGGUGGUCGUUCAUCCAGCCCCCCCGCUCGGGAGAGCACGACGACCGAGGAGCCCAAGACAAUCGAGUGGGUCGAAUCAAUUGCUCUGCUCACCGCCAAGGCCAACGCCGACGAAGCCGACGCCAAGCUCGACGAGAGUCUUCGCAACUUGCGUCAAGUCGAAGAUGACUUGAAGCGCCGGCCCGUCUUCAUCACCGACGAUGAGAUCUGCGAUGUGCUCGGCCGCUUCGUGACGCGCCUCCACGAAACGCAGAUGACGCGCCUCCCCGUGUUUGCCGAGACGCGCACCCAUGUGCGCGGUAGCAAGGGCGUCCUCCUCACGCGCAUGGCGUCAUCAAAGUGGAAGCACGCGACAGACCAAGCCGACGCUAUUCGCAGUGCGAUCUCCGACCUCCAGAUGCAGCUAAGUGCGCGGCGGGCGCUUGACCCCUCGGCUUGGCACGCGCUGCAGCCCGUUCUCGAGGCCGAGCACGUGGCAUUCCUCCGGUCCCGCCUUGCGUGGAGCCAGGCGCGGUUUGCCGAGCUCCUCAAAGACCGGCCGGUGCCGAACGCGCUGAUCCCGUUUGCGACGCUGCUUGUUGCGCCGUGCGAGUCGCGAGGCGUCCGCAACGCGGUCCAAGCGCUCUUGUUUAGCCUCCGCAACGACCGCGACGAUAGUACACUCGCGCCGCUCUCGCCUGUCGUACAAAGCCACGUGUACCCGAUCUGGUGGGCCGAUGAACAGCUCUUGUCCGUUGCGAUAGCACCGGAAACGCCGGAUGCCGACGUGGCCGUGAGCGACGCCAACCGCCUGAGCUACGCCAAGGCUCACGCAGCGCGUCUGCUUGUCGUAACCUCCAACGCCUUGUGUACAUCACGCGACGCUGUCGAUGAAGUGGUGUCGUACGCCCAUAGCGGUCGUCCCAUCUUGCACGUCCAGCUGGAUACGUGGUAUCGGGACGCACCAAGUGUCGAAGCGACUUGGCCGCACGUGUCGUACGCGGCGUGGGAGGCCAACCGCCGUUACUUGCUGCAGCACCUUCCGGCGCCUGUCAACUCUGUCUUUUUGAACGCCACCGAGUUUGAGUGCGAAUUGUGUGGCGCGAUCGACGAUGUGCGGCAGCUUCUACGCAGUCCGUGCUACCACUGCUCGUUCUUUUUUCAAAGCACCAAGUCGAAUUACGUGGCGUUUGCCCAGGAGGUGGCCGACGCGCUAGAGAGCGCGCGGUGCGUCGCCUCGGUGUCGCCUCUUGUGUGGAAAACGGAGGCGCCGACGUCGACGCUGCCGCAGCUGCGCCGCUUCUACGCCGAGCGCGCCGUGGGCAGCGCCACCGAGCUGCACGCGGCGGCAUCCCAAGCCCGCACGGACGCCAUAAGCAGCUACUGCAAGCAUCUAUUCGAUCGGUUUGGUGCCGAUACGGCGGCGUUCGAGGCCGCGCGAGAGCGCGUCACCGCCACCAGCGUGGCCCGCAACGAGACGUCCGCGGAAGUCUUUGUCGAGUACCACGUUCAGACACAUCGUCUCUCAACACAGAUCGCUACGAUCGAGGCGCGGCUCACGAGUGCGGCCCUCCAGCUAGCAGCCGUUGUCGGCGACCUCGAAAGCCGUGUGUUUCACAUGGUAAGCGACGCCACUUCGGAUGACGGCGACGCGUUGCAGCGAUACCGCCGCGGCAUUCCGCACUUGCACCAGCUCAUGCCCAUGUACCUCGAGCUGAGUCAGAAUGUGGUCGACUUGACCAUCCAAAUGCUGGGCCUUGACGCCGACAAGUAUCUGUACACGUCGCUUGCUGCUUUGGACACGGAGAUCGAGGCGUCGAUGGCCGAGACGGUGACAAAUGUGCUUGCCGAGAUGGACGCGAUGGAAGUCGCGUACGCUGCGUCGAUUCCGUUAGAGGCCGAGCGACUCUACGGCCGCUGCAAUAUUCAGACGUUCGCACUCUCGUCAGCGAGGAGCCCGAUGCUCGACUUGGAUGCGCUGCAGCGAGCCAUGGACGACGUCGUUGGGUGGGAAACCAGCACCCUCCAGAGCCUCCAGAGCCUCUUUCAAGACGCCCAUGCGCUGCACGCAAUGCGAGCGUUUCGCGUCCAAGUCGAGAAUGUGACGCGGCGCUUUGCCGACGCCUUUGCCGUGCCGUCGUGGGUCGACAUGUUGUCGGCGAGUGAUGCACCGGCCAUGAGUGUGCUCUUUAACGACGUUGUAUGGUGCGAGAAGGACUGCAGCCGACCGGCCGAUGCAUGGCGAAGUCUGGCAAGUAUGCACGAACGCAUCCGGAUGGAGACGUCGGAGCGGUCGCUUCGACACCGGCACCGACGAUGUGUUGCAUCCUUUUAUCAGACAUAUGUCGCCGCCUGCCACGCGGCAUGGCAUGCACAGUGCCAACGUCUCGUCGAGCUUGCCGCAUCACAGCUUGCUGUCGUCACCCGCGAGGUGGUCGCCGUCACAGCACCUCGCGUCGAAGCUGAGAAGGCCUAUCGCGCGGCGCUGGAGAGCGAAGGCUGCUGUCGCCACCAGCUCCGUCGGCUCCAGUACCAAGAAGACGAGAACGCGCAUGUUCGACAGCACUUAGCGCUCACGAUGCUCCAGCUGCGGCACCUCGCGGCCGUCGAGAGCGAUCUCGAGGCAUUUGCGCGGCAAGAGAACCUCAAAGAAACCAAACCGAUCUGGGACGCCCUGGCCGCGUUCCAGGCCGAGUGCUUUGCCGACGGGUUUGCCAAAGCGACAGUGUGGGACACGGAACGAGUUGCCCUCGCCUCCGAUCGCGAUCUUUUAACGUCGCAACUGGCCCGCUGUGCGCAGAACGUAGAUGUGCGACGGCACGAGUGGGAGGCGGCGACGUGGGCGCAUCUGCGCGGGUGCGUCGCCCUCACCAAGGUGCAGCACUGGCUCUACUCGGCGCUCGAAGCCAUUGUCGGCCUUGAGCGCAAGCGUCAAAAAGAUAUCGAGUGUCACGUCGUGCUCUUUGUGAACGGUGUUGUCACGGAGAAGGACGCCAAGGUCGAGUUUGCCGACAGCCAUCUCAUCCAAGCAACCAUGUUGCGGCUCGAAGUGCAAAAGCAAGCCCGACUGCACUGCGUCGCCUCCAACCGCGCCCGGCUCCUCGCCCGGCUCUUACGAAAUGAGACCGACUUGCUGCAUAUGACACGGGACGAAGCGCUUCGCAAAGACGCGCUGACGAAAACUAUGAAGACGCGCUGCGAAUUUGUCGAUGCGACGCUGGCGCGCGUCCGGUCGAAACGCAGUACACGGCGUCUCGCCGCCUACACGCGUCUCGAGACGUCUUUGACCGGUGCGUCGAGCAAGAGCUGGGUCGAAUGUAUGGACCAAACAGCGGCAUUUGCCACCGACCACUGGCUCGUCCAGCACCGACGCAACACGGUGGAAGCGGCGACGCUGUUGCUCGAGGCCGCCGAGGCCGCGUGCGGCCGAGAAGAAGCCACGUACGAAGCGCUGCGCCAAAAGCAAGCUGACGCGAUUGCGGCGCCAUAUACGACGUCGGCUCCGUACAGUCCGCUGGAUACAGUGCAUUUGAUGCUAUACUUGAACGCCAAGGCGUCCAUGGGUUGGGCACGCGAUGUCAACAUGCUGCGGACUGAGCUCCACGAGACAAUGCACUUGAAGCGCAUGGACCUCAACGAGUGGGCCAAAGUCGACCCGCUCUCGGACGAAUUUGCCACGGCACGCGCGCACUACAUUGCGGCCGAGAACGACUUGGUGCUGAAUCGAUUCGAAAUCAAAUGUGCCGACGCGCAAGCCAUUCUCGGACCCUCUCAGUGCCAGCAAUAUGUCCUUCUCGAUGGCGCGUAA